CUCCAGGUCGGGACCAUGGCGCUGCUGCUGCUCUCCCUGCUCGGCCUCCUGAUUGCCUGGGAGGGGGGACAGGCCCUCGUCCCCCCCAGUGAGCUCAAGCAGAUGUCGGCAGCCGGCAGCAAAUACAUCGACACGGAGGUGGAAAACGCCAUCAACGGGGUGAAGCAGAUGAAGACCCUCAUGGACAAGACCAGUAAGGACCACCAAGCCAUCCUGCACACCUUGGAGGAGACCAAGAGGAGGAAGGAGGAGGCGGUGCAGCUGGCCCGGGAGAAGGAGCAGCAGCUGGCGGCGAAGCAGGAGGUGUGCAACGAGACGAUGCUGGCGCUUUGGGAAGAGUGCAAGCCCUGCCUCAAGCACACCUGCAUGCGCUUCUACUCCCGCACGUGCCGCAGCGGCUCGGGGCUGGUGGGGCGGCAGCUGGAGGAAUUCCUCAACCGUUCCUCACCCUGCCGGGCUGGGCUUUCCGCAGAGUCUCGUAACUUCAGCGACGAUCGCAUGGUGUGUCGGGAAAUCCGGCGUAACUCGGCCGGCUGCCUGCGGAUGCGGGAUGAGUGCGAGAAAUGCCGGGAGAUCCUCUCCGUGGACUGCUGGCAGACGGACCCUGCCCGGAGCCAGCUGCGGGAGCAGCUGGAGGACGCGCUGCGCCUGGCCGAACGCUUCACCCGCCGAUACGACGACCUCCUCCGCGCCUUCCAAGCCGAGAUGCUCAACACCACCAGCCUCCUGGACCAGCUCAACAGCCAGUUUGGCUGGGUCUCGCGUUUGGCCAACGUCACCCAAGGCACCGACGGCUUCCUCCAGGUCACCACGGUCCUCUCCAAGGCUCCCAACCUCGAAGACCCCUCAGCCCCCCCCGACACGCAGGUGACGGUGCAGCUCUUCGAUUCGGAGCCGCUGUCCCUCACCGUGCCCGGGGACAUCUCCUGGGAGGACCCCCGCUUCAUGGAGAUCGUGGGCCGAGCAGGCGCUUCAGCACUACAAGCAAAAUACCAUAGAGUAGCCGGGUGUUGCUCCCCAUCGCCGCCGCAGCCCCGGUGCCCCAAGCCCCCUCCGCUGGCCCGUCCCCGUGCCGGGGGGGGGUUGAAUGCCGCUGCCACCGCCCUCCCCCCCCGCCACCGCCGCUGCUGGGGUCCCACCGCGGGGCCCCGAACAAACAGAAAAUAAAGGUAGAGUCAAACACCCCGA